AGGGCGGCGCACGGUGCGUGUGGGCGUGUCCGAGCGGUACCGCGCUCCCCGCCUCACCGCAGCUGGAUAGGUCGCCCCCGAGGCUCCGCUCGAGCGCCUGGGCCCCGUGCCCUCGGCGGGCAGCGCAGAGCGCGGGAGCUGGCGGGGCAGGGCAUGCCGGUAGCCCUCUUGGGCCGCCGCCGCAGCCGCUGCAGCCACAGCGUCUGCCAGCGGUACGCGCCGCUGACGCGCGGAGAUGAAAUUCCCAGGCUCGGUGCUGGCGUCCGUAUUCCUGUUCGUGGCCGAGACGAUGGCGGCGCUGUACCUGAGCAGUACCUACCGCUCGGGCGGGGACCGCAUGUGGCAGUCCCUGACGCUGCUUUUCUCUCUGCUGCCCUGCGCGCUCGUGCAGCUCACGCUCCUCUUCGUGCACCGCGACUUCAGCCGCGACCGGCCACUCGUGCUGCUGCUGCACCUGCUGCAGCUUGGGCCCCUCUUCAGGUGUUUUGAAGUCUUGUGCAUCUAUUGUCAGUCAGGCCACAUCGAGGAGCCUUAUGUCAGCAUCACCAAGAAGCGACAGAUGCCAAAAAAUGGCUUCUCAGAGGAGAUUGAGAAGGAAGUGGGCCAGGCAGAGGGAAAGCUGUUCACCCAUCGAUCUGCAUUCAGCCGGGCAUCAGUGAUCCAGGCUUUCCUGGGCUCAGCCCCGCAGCUGACUCUGCAGCUAUACAUAAGCACCUUGCAGCAGACCGUCACUGUUGGAAGAUGUGUUUGCAUGUUGUUAUCCCUGUUGUCCAUUGUGUAUGGAGCCUUGCGCUGCAACAUCCUAGCUAUCAAGAUCAAGUAUGAUGAAUACGAUGUCAAAGUGAAGCCUCUAGCCUAUGUCUGCAUCUUCCUCUGGAGGAGCUUUGAGAUUGCUACUCGAGUCAUUGUCCUAGUCCUCUUUACCUCCGUCCUGAAGGCCUGGGUGGUGCUGGUCAUACUCGUCAACUUCUUCAGCUUCUUCUUACACCCCUGGAUCCUCUUCUGGUGCAGUGGCUCCCCAUUCCCUGAGAACAUUGAGAAGGCCCUCAGUCGAGUGGGCACCACCAUUGUCCUGUGUUUCCUCACCUUCCUUUAUGCUGGUAUCAACAUGUUCUGCUGGUCAGCUGUGCAGCUGAAAAUCAACAGCCCCGACCUCAUCAGCAAGUCCCAGAACUGGUACCGGCUACUGGUGUACUACAUGCUGAGAUUCAUUGAGAACGCCUUCCUCCUCCUUAUGUGGUAUAUUUACAAGACUGACAUUUAUAUGUAUGUGUGUGCACCUAUGUUGAUUUUGAAGUUGCUCAUUGGAUACUGCAUAGCCAUUCUAUUCAUGCUGAUAUUCUAUCAGUUCUUCCAUCCUUGCAAAAAGCUCUUUUCCACCAGUGUUUCUGAAAGUUUUCGGCGGUGGCUAAAAUGUAUUUGCUGUCAGCGCCAGCGACAGAAGCCCUCAAAGUCUGUAAGAAAGAUAAUUGUAAGGUCACCUAGACACAGAGAUGAGAUACCUAGACACAGAGAUGAGAUACCUUCUAGCAGUAAAGUAAGAUCUAUGCCCACCCAGAUCUUGAAUGCCGAUGAGCUUUGCUCUGCUUAAUGGAACCUGAGUCUCUUGGGGCAAAGACAAACUGUUUUCUGGGGUCAUUGCUGCUCAUCAUACAAGUGAUGAGUCCUGCAUAGGUAACAAAGCAAGAAGUUAGUUCUCAACUCCUUGUGAGUUGCUCCCCUUUAGAGAGCUCUUGCAUGUGUGGGAACUAUGGAGAGAAGCCAGGGAAAUGUCUGAGUGUUAGAGGAGCUGUCUAAGGCACCACUAUUCACAGUUGACUGUUCUUCCAGGUGUUACUGGCCUUUCCACUGACAAAGUACCAAUGAUAUCUGAGUUGAGCUGGUUAGAUCUAUCAGGUAGAAUGAGGACAGGGACUUUCUUGUUUUCUAGUUUUCCAGAUUUCUGGUUUGGGUAGACUAAUAUUUUAUUAUCCCUGAUCAUAGUUUUCACCCAAGAGUUGGCCUGAUGAUCAGAGACGUUUCCUGGGGUUUUGCCAUUGGCAACAUCAUUACUGUUAGAGCUUUCAGAGCUGUUCAGGUUUGGUUUUUGAAUAGACAGGUGUUCCAUUUUCAUUUCAUUAGGGCUCUCUUUAUAUAAUCAACUGUAGCCACUUUGGCCUGCUAUCUCCAACUGAUUUAGAAGUCUAGAUUUGGAGACUUUAUACGCAAAGAUCCAUGGAUACAAGAUUGAAUUCUAAAUUUGGUUAUGGGAGCCCGAGAAUUUUAGGGAAGUUGUGUGUUCCUUCAAUAUGUUGAAGUUCUGGAACAAAAGGAUUGUUUAAAAAAUCAAAAUGAUGUAGGCUUUUAUAGGCAGAAUUCUUAAGUUCUUUAGAAGGCUGAAAAUGUGAAGCUUAAACUCCUUCAAAGUUCAGUCUUGUCCUACAGUUCUGGGAAAUUUCUGGUAGAAUUUGCUAAGAUUUACCUUCUUAAUAAAGAAGAAAAUAAAACACGUAGUCUUUACUCUGCUUCUUUCUUGCCUGUUAGGGAAGUUGCAGACAAUAGUUACUUUGGUUAAGCUAAAAAAAAAUACUUUGGUUAACUUAAGUUAUUUCUAGAAAACUCCACAGAAAUCUUUCACCUGGCAUGGGUAUAAAGGACAUUUCAUUUUUUACUAGUUGAAGAAAAAAGGUUUUUCUCCUCCCACCAAGUGAGAUAUUGACUUCAGAAACUAUUAAAUUAUAGAAAGUGAUGAAAUGACUAGAAGAUGUUUGUCUUUAACUGAAUGCAUUUUGAUUUGGUGUGAUUAUGUUAAUUGGUACAAGAUCUCCAAUGUUAUUCUUCUGUUUUCAGUAUACUUUCUGAACCCUAUGUGUUUCAUAAAAGGAUUUUGUAGCAUAUCCUCAGUUGUCUUGGAAAAAUGCCUGGAUUUAGUGCCAUUAUUUCUACCAUAAGCACCUUGAGAAUGAAAUAACUAGAAGCAGGUGACCUAUCACCAACUAGGCUGGACAUUACAGGUCAGUCAGGGUUGACAGUCUAAAUACUUGGCUGAGCCUUCUGAUCCAUCCAGUUUCUAACAGCUAGUCUGUGAAGGGACAGGUUAAAAAUGGUGAGUUUGAGCAGAAGUAGUAGUCAGAAUUAGACAGGGAUAGAGAGACUGGUACUUCCCAGCCUUGGUUUGGAAACCUGCUUCAAGAACUGUUAUAAAAUUUGAGUGUUCAAGUACAUUUUAAAUUAUUUUAAUGUAGAAAAUAGGUAAGGAUUUUGAGUGACCUCAAAUCAAACUAAUAGUGAUGACCUGUCAGAUUCCCAAAGCCCAAUUAUAAGCAGCUUAUAUAAGGACAAAGAGGUUUGGUAACUAAACUGGAUAUUUUGUCAUCUUUAACUCUUUGCUUUGGGUGUGUGUGUGUCCAUUCACUUUGGAAGAGAGAAACCACUAUUUUUUUCUGUACAGUGAAAAUUCAAGCCAUGGAGAAAUAAGAAUUUUUGUUUUAAAAUUAUUUAGAUUCUAUCUCUGAAAUCGUAAAACUGUAGUUCAGGCUGCAGAUCUAGGUCACCCUAAAGACAAGCAAACUAGCAAAUUACCUUAUGUGUUGAGAGUUAAAAUGUGGUUUUCAGUUAGAAGUCUAAUUUUUAAAACUCUCAGUGCUUUGUCUAAUUAAUUAUAUGCCAUAGGUUGUCAUGACAGCUGCUCUAAUUGAAUUACUGUCAUUUGGCUCAAUGGAAGUCAAGUAUUUUCUUAAAAUAUAUUGAAAUAAGAUCAUCAGACAUGUUUAGACUUUCUCUCUUCAUUACUGGAGACAGUGCAGUAUAGAGAUUGGCAUCUCCCUGUCAAGCCCUACAAGUUACUUAACUGCUGCAUGCCUCAGUUUCCCCACCCACCAAAUUUGGAUGAUAUAUUGUACUUGCCCAACCUACCUCACAAGGUUGUUGGAAAGAUCAACUUAAAUUAUAGUGUGAAAAUGCUUUGAAAAUAUUUUUCAAGUGCCAUGUAUAUUGAAGGAGUUGUUAUUAUAGUUAUUUAAAUGGAUACCAGGUUAUUAUUAUUAUUAUUUUUUUACUGUUAUAAAAGAAACAAGUAGGAUCAUCCACAUGAGUGUCUUGAGUAAAUACAUUGGCCUUUGGCCUUAUGGAAGGGCAAGUGCAAGCUGUCUUUACCCUUGGAGAAAACUCAGCCCUUGCCCUUCUCUUACCAUUACUUGCUUACAAAAAUUGCACCCAAACGCACAGUUCUUGGAGGGAGAAGACCCACUAUAAUCUGAGAAAUUGCUUUUGAUGGCAGAUGAGUUUAUGAUUUUUGUAUAUUAUCAUCUUUCAUAAAGGACAUAGCAGCAUGUUUUGGUCAUUUACAACUCAAAUGCCUGAGAUCCUGCUAGACUUUUACUGAAUGUGGGUUUACUCUUUUCAACCUUGUAAAUGGGAAAACAAAUGUUAAAAUUGAUUGUCAAGUGAAGCAUUUUUUUUUUUGAAAUCACCUUGGAAAAUUCGUGCUAUAUUUAUGAGUGUAUAUGUCAGUACUUCUCAGCCAUAUAUUGUGGAUGUGAGUUUUUGCAGGCUGCUGCUCUACAGCCAUUGAUGCUAAUA